CUCAGAACAGCCUCCAACACUUCAGAAUUAACUCUGUCAAACGCAAGCAAAAUGGCCUCAGCAACCCACGAGCAGCAGCUAGGCAGCUACGAACCGGAAAUCAAAAAGGAGGACGACAGUGCGAGCCCAAGCGACAUUGAGAAAACCGAAAUUAAGGAGACCUCGACGAAAGAUCCGAAUGUCAAGCCACCGUACUCGUACGUAGCUCUGAUCGCGAUGGCGAUUCGAGAGUCCUCUGAGAAGCGGUUAACCCUGAAUGGAAUUUACCAGUACAUUAUCAACAAGUUUCCAUUUUACGAGAAGAAUAAGAAGGGAUGGCAGAACUCUAUCAGACAUAACUUGUCACUGAACGAAUGCUUCAUUAAAGUGCCUCGAGAAGGCGGCGGGGAAAGAAAAGGUAACUACUGGACCUUAGAUCCAGCCUGCGAAGAUAUGUUUGAGAAAGGAAACUACAGGCGACGUCGCCGCAUGAAGAGACCCUACCGCCAACCAACUUUGCAACACAACGGAAUGUUGACAGAUCCACGCGCCACGGCGUACGGUAACUACAUUGCGCCUAAGUGGUCGGCGUAUAACCAAGUUCAGAGCGUACCCGCUGGAGCAGGAACUUGGCGAACAGCACAGCCCACUGGCCCUCUCUCGUACCCGUGCAAUCCUCAAACCUCAAGAGUUCCUCCUGGCUAUGCAGUUGCACCGUACAUGGGAAUGGGUUCAACUGUCGGAGUCCCUGUCAGCUCUUACGCAGGUACGCAGUAUUCAACACAAAUCCAGAACCCUGUGAAUAACCAGUGUGGCUACGGAGCCAUGGGAAUGCCCAGUGUUGGCUGCCGCAGACAAACUGAUCACACUGCUGCAGUCCAUCAUUUCAAUCCAUAUUGGAAUCCACCUGAUAAGCAUACUUUCGACGUGCAGCCACGAUCAUGA